GAUUGAAAUAUGGCAGCGUCACACAUACUUAGUGCCGUGGAGCCGACCGUUGGGGGUGGAAGUUCGCGCGGAGGUCGCGAGCGCGAAGUCAAUGUUGCGCUUGACGACCGGGAAUUGUGGGUUCGGUUUCAGACACUAACCAAUGAAAUGAUAGUCACUAAGAAUGGAAGACGUAUGUUCCCAGUAGUAAAAGUUACUGCCAGUGGGCUGGACCCAACGGCCAUGUACACUGUUCUCCUUGAAUUUGUUCAAGUUGACACGCACCGUUGGAAAUACGUUAACGGCGAAUGGGUACCAGGGGGCAAGGCUGAAGUUCCACCUUCUAACGCUAUUUAUAUACAUCCGGAAAGUCCGAACUUCGGUGCUCAUUGGAUGAAGGAACCUAUAUCCUUCGCAAAAGUUAAACUUACGAACAAGACCAAUGGAAAUGGACAGAUAAUGCUGAAUUCUCUACACAAAUACGAACCACGUGUACAUUUAGUGAAAGUCGGUACCGAUCUUCGCCGUAUCAUGACGUAUCCAUUCCCGGAGACGCAAUUCAUAGCUGUAACUGCCUAUCAGAACGAAGAAGUGACGUCGUUGAAAAUAAAGUAUAACCCUUUCGCCAAGGCUUUUUUGGAUGCUAAAGAGAGACCUGAAGGUUAUUAUCAAAGAGAUUUCGUUGGGACUCAUUAUCCGCAACAAAGCUCCUCACCACAUCAAUACCCACAAUUUGGUGGAUGGUUUGUAACAUCACAAUCGUUAUAUGGGAACAGCAAUUCAUCAUCAAGAAGACCGGCGCCCUACCCACCUCGGCCUCCAUCACGACCUCGGACUUUAUCGCCACCAUCCACUUACAGCAAUUCGGAACGAUCUACAGCAGCCGCAGCAAAUGGUAGUGGAAACUAUACUUGGGCAAGUAGCAGCAGCUACUGGAGCUCACCUCAAGGAAAUAGUUCUCCCCAACCAAAUGCGUCACCUGCGCCAUAUCGCACUCCGCCUCAUGCCUACCCCGCUCCUAUUGAGUACGCGCCGGCACCUCCAACCAAUACUGCUUCUCCCGCAACAGCACCUGCGCCGCUGUAUCCCCUGCAAUACGAAGCACCAGCACAACAUCAUUCUCCGUACUACCAGCAUGCGUAUGCGCCUUACGCUCACCAUACAAUCGAAGACAUUUCUUACUGGCCCAAUAGCUUAAAUAGUUACGGUUAUCAACCUUCAGAAUAUGUAGGAACAGGAGAUGUUGCUUAUAGCACUGAGGGGAUGCCAUUUGGAUCAACUGCUCCUCCCCUAGAAGCUACUUCAAAUCAAGAUGGACGAACAACGCCUUCCGGUUCUGAACAUCAAACAGGAGAAAGAGAAUAUAAGUACAAUACAGAAGAAGAACGGCACUCUCCCUGCGAAGAAUCCAACCAUCCACCACGCUCACCGCCACAGUGACCGAUACAAAAUUUAGUUAAUUUCUAUUGGAACGUCACCUGAUUAGUAAUUUUUAGAUAUUAAAGUAAAUUAUGUAUCAAAAUGGACGCUAAAUAAAUACAAGGAAGUAAUAGUCAAACACUUGUAUUAUUAAUGACAUAAAAUAAAAAUGUGUACAC